AUGUGCUGUACAUGUAAAAAUAUGUUCGAUCCAAGUGAAAAUAAUUUCAACACAUUGACUGGCAGUAAAAUUGAAGAAGUUGAAAGCACUACGAUAUCAUCGUCAUUUCAUAAGAAUUCAUAUUUUCAAAAUAUCCCAACACUUCAAACACCAUCCAACAAUUCGCGAGCAUUAACCAAUGAUGAUCAGUUUGCAGCCGGUAUAAAUGAUGCUUUGGUACCAAUGUUAUCGAAUGAUGGAAAAGUUAAUAUCGAUGAAACUAAUUAUCCAAUAAAUUUUAAGGAAUCAUCAUUACCAGCACCAAUUAAUCAAUAUGCUAUUGAUCGAUUCGUCAAGGAAAAUUAUUUGCAGAAACCUAUUUUUGAGCAGCGAACUAAUGAAUUGGAUACGAUUGGUGAAUUUUCAACAAUAUCAAUUCCUUAUACUACUACAUCAAAUUUUGAUUACGAUGAUAGCAGAAAUUAUCUCUCUACCAAUAAAAUUAAUAAGAAGAAUACAGGUAAAGUUAAUAUCUCAGCUAAAUGUGGUAAAUUAUGCGAUGAACGAUCAUAUUAUUCAUCUAAAUUUUCUGGAAUGCAAACUGAAACAAAAUUACCGGUGGAUUAUGAUGAAUUCGGAAAAUCCGAACAAGAGAGUAAGAAAGACUACUACGAUGAAGUCGUGGAUGAACGCAAUACUCCUAUUGCUUUUUCACCGUAUUCAAGAUUGAAAAGGCGAAUGAACGCUUUUACUGAUAUCAAUCGGGAGAAAUUUUGUCAAUUUUGCGACAAUAGUAAUAUCAAGAAGACAAAAUUAUUGAAGCACAAUGCUCCGAAUGAAAUGACAUAUAUUGCGGCAAAAAGUAAUCAUCAAAAAGCAUUAGCUAAUAUUUUAAAAUCAAAAAUUGAUUUUCAUGUUGCCGCUAAUAAUACUUUCAACCAAGUAAAGAAUGCUAACAAUAAUAAUCAUGGGAGAAAUUUCUUCAUUUCGGAUAAAAAUCAAAAUAUACAGAAUUUAACGAUGCGACAACAUCCAGAAUAUCCCAAAAUGAUUGAUUCAUUGGAGGAAUUUAGAUUUCGAUCACCAAAUCACACUUUACUUCGAUUAGAUUCAAUGAUCAAAGAGCCGAAAGAUACGAUGCACGAAUCGUUGCUUAAAUUCAACAAACAACCAAAUAAUAAAAAUGAGAAUUUUUUGAUAAAAUCAUUUAAACUAAUUAGAGUGGAAGGGAUAAAAAAUAGAAAUACAAAUGAGGAUAUUUUGCGCGAAGAUGAUUCAUACAAAAUGCAAAAUUUAACAAUGAAAAUAUCUGAUAAGGAAUUGAUAAGGAAUAUUUCGGCUCAAAUUGAUAAUGAUUUAUCAGGAACAAAUAAUUUACAAUUUUUGAGGGAUCAUAAGAAGCCGAAGCAGAAGAAGUCUAUCAAUGAUUUUUUUUAUCAUAUACAAAAACCUGAAAGUGAUGAUAUACGGAAUAAAUUUCGCAACAAUUUGGUAUUCGAAAUGCAACGUGAUAUUUGGCCAAGUAUCAUCACUAAUAUAACUGAAAAACAAAAGAAAUUAACGGAACUUCCUUCUUUAUUAAUUACACCAAAUCCAAUUAUCGGUAAUACAUCGCUUAAUUCAUCUAUUUUACAACAAAUUUUGAUAAAAAAGAUUAAAACAAAACGACCAAUUCAAACAAGGAAAGCAAAAGUUUUUGAUUUUUGA